AUGAAGGAAUUUAAGGGCAGUGAGGAGAAUGUGGCAUUGAGAGAAAUGAUUGUUCCAAUCGCAAGAGAAGCACAAGAGCCAGCGAGAGCAAGAGCAGUUAUGGGAACUAAGUCGUGCAUUGGCUGUUUUGAGCUUCUGUAUCUAGGCAACAAUGAGUUGUUUCUAGUUCUAUUGGUAGCAGAGAAAUGUCUUAAAAAGUCAAUCAGUCCAAUGAUCUGCACUCAUGGCUGUGCUGAUCCUCUUCCUCUGGGGUCUUUUCAUGUGGCUGGGAUGUUGGCAUUGAUUUGGCCUGCGACAGCUUUCAAGGGUGCUUAUGAAAGUUUAGGUCUGGAUGCAUCUGGUGGAAAAUCCGUUCAUUUUCAGAAGAUUUGGCACCUUAUUCAGGCAUUAACUGGUGAAGACUCGUCUGUUCCAAAAAGCGUGUCAAAAAAGAUGUCUUUAAUUAUUGGUGCAAGGCGCCAUCUUGAGCGGGGUCAUGGAAAAUAUGUAAUGGAUACUAUCCAAAGUCAUCCUGCCCAGGGAACUUGCUAUUUUGAUGUUCACGAUUACUCUCAUUAUAGGCUGCACUUGGUGGGGUUGUUGGAAACAUGCAAAGAAUUCAUUCGUUUGAGGGACUAUGGAGUUCUAGAGUUUGAUGCAGGCUGUUUAGGCAUAAAUUUUCUUGCUUAUUGGUCUUUACACUUCACUAGUAAUUACACGAGUCUUUUAAUUCCUAACUGCUCAGAAUUUUUUUUUUACAAAUUGCAGAUUUGGAAUGAUGUCUUGGGCAGUUCUAGCUGUAACCUAUUGCAUAAAGCAGCUGGUUUUUAUAUUUGCUGGGGAUGCCUUGUAUGGGUGCCUUCUAUAUAUACUUCUCCUGGCAUGUACCUGGUCAAUCAUCCUGUACACCUUGGAACUCAGUUGGCACUCUACAUCCUAGUAGCAGGCAUUCUUUGCAUAUACAUCAACUACGACUGUGAUAGGCAAAGGCAAGAGUUUUGCAGAACAAAUGGCAAGGCUUUGGUUUGGGGUAAAGCUCCAUCAAAGAUAACUGCCACUUACACUACCACAACUGGGGAAACAAAAAGCAGCAUUCUUUUAACUUCGGGAUGGUGGGGAUUAGCUCGACAUUUCCACUAUGUCCCAGAAAUAUUAGCUGCAUUUUUCUGGACUGUUCCAGCUCUUUUUAACCACGCUUUACCCUACUUUUAUGUGGUGUUUCUUACAAUCCUUCUCCUCGACCGGGCGAAAAGGGAUGAUGAUCGGUGCCGAUCCAAGUAUGGAAAAUACUGGAAAUCGUACUGCGAGAAGGUUCGGUACAGGGUCAUCCCCGGAAUUUACUGAGAAAAUGUUGCACAAGUGUUUGUUCUAUGUUGAGAAUGGCAUGUAUAUUCAGCCUUUCCAAAUUAAAUGAUGGCAGGCUGGUAUCAUGUUGUUAUUGUUGUUUUUGUAAUGGUCAACUUUAUGGAUGUUGUAUUUCUCUCAUCUUCAAUGACCAAAAACUUUUCUUGUUUAGGAAAA